CACCAAGCUGAAGAGAAGCUCCCAUUUACGCCCAAUAGAUACGUUUGAGACGGAAAGAUGGCUUCUACACCAGUUGUUGUGAAGCACCAGGGAAAGCGUUACGACAUCGACCUCGACCCUACAUCCAAUGGCGAAACAUUCAAGUAUCAGCUAUACUCACUCACCGGUGUUGAACCCGAGAGACAGAAAAUUUUGGUGAAGGGCGGCCAACUUAAAGAUGAUACCUUGUUAUCCUCUCUCAACGCCAAACCUGGCCAGACGUUCAUGAUGAUGGGUACCCCAUCCGGGGGCCAGACUGCUGGAGACCUGGGACGUCCAAAGGAAGCAGUGAAGUUUCUUGAGGAUAUGAGCGAGGCGGAAGCCGCGAAAGCUGAGGGAGCAACACCGGCUGGACUGCAAAACCUGGGGAAUACGUGUUAUCUGAAUUCAACGCUGCAAACGCUAAGAAGUGUUCCAGAGUUGCAGCAAGAGCUUCAGAAAUACCGACCUUCUGCCAGUGGUGGCUCGAGCCUUUCAAAUCUCAGCAGUUUAGGCCUUGGUGGCCUUUCUAUGGACCUUACUGCCUCCCUGAGGGACCUGUUUAAGCAAAUGUCCGAAACGCAGGAAGGGUUCCCUCCAAUGAUGUUCCUCAACUCUUUGAGAAACGCUUUCCCUCAAUUUGCCCAGAAGGAUCGAAAUGGUCAUGGUUAUGCUCAACAAGAUGCGGAGGAGGCCUGGUCUCAGAUUGUGUCGCAACUACGAAACAAGCUCAUGAUAAAGGAGGGCGAAGGAGAGUCCGCUACUGAAGUGUCAUUUGUAGACAAGUAUCUUGGAGGAAGGUUCGAGUCAAUUACCGAGUGCGAUGAACCAGCUGCAAAGGAGGCUGGCGAAGAAGCGACCCGUAGCUCCGAUGUGUUCUACAAGCUCGAUUGCCACAUCGGCAAAGAAACGAAUCAUUUACACGAUGGUAUAAUGGCGGGCCUCGAAGAGAAAAUUGAGAAGCAUUCUUCUACAUUGGAUCGGGAUGCUGUAUACACAAAGCGUUCUCGCAUCGCCCGCCUACCCAAGUAUUUAACUGUUCACUUUGUUCGUUUCUUCUGGAAACGCGAGACCCAGAAAAAGGCCAAGAUUAUGCGCAAAGUCACUUUCCCUGCUGAGCUUGACGUGGUGGACUUUUGUACUGAUGAACUUAAGAAGCAACUUGUCCCCAUUAGGGACAAAGUACGGGAUAUUCGAAAGGACGAGGUCGAUGUUGAGCGUGCCCGGAAACGCCAGAAGCUUGCUCAUCAAAGAGAAGAGCGGAAUGCACUGGCAGGAGUCGAGCCUGAGCCCAGUAUGGAACCAAUGCAGAAAAAGAAAGCUGUGGAGGAGCGUAAGGAGGAAUCCAAAAGCUCUGGCAAGGACGAGGAUGCUGCGAUGACUGAUGUGUUCAAAACUGAUGCCGAAUACGAGGCUGAAAGGAACGCGUCUAUUCUCGCAGCUAAGAAAGAGUUGGCCGAACUCCUCAAUCCUGAGCUGUCCACAGACGCGGGCACCAACAAGUCCGGACUGUAUGAUCUCAGAGGUGUGAUUACGCAUCAAGGUGCUAGUGCCGAUAGUGGGCAUUAUACAUGUUAUGUCAAGAAACAGGAUACUUCCAGCGGUAACCAGGACGAGAGUGAAAGCAAGUGGUGGUGGUUCAACGACGAUAAGGUGACUGAGGUGGAUGGCUCGAAGAUCGAGACUCUGGCUGGUGGUGGUGAAUCCCACUCCGCCCUUAUUCUCCUCUAUCGUGCAGUCGAUUUGCCCACCGCAGAAUAGAGUCAUGGUGCUCCCUAUUGAAUGAAUGAUGCUCCACACGGAUUAUGGAUAUAUUACCGUAGAAUCGGUAUCUGGGGGAAUCUUGGUGCUGGAUUUCGAGCAUGACAUGACAUACAUUGCCUUCCCCCGUUUCAUUAUUGCGAUUAUUGAGAGUUAUGUGGCCAUCAACCUGAAAAUAGACUUGGAUGAAGAAUAAAAAACCCAAUGUCUGCAAUGCCUAUUUGCCUGUCGACUUGAACCAUCCCUAAGUAGGAAAUGAACUCUAUAUUAUGUAAAGAU